AUGGGCAGGGAGUGUUUGGAUAUCUUGAAAAAUCUAGACAUCCCACCAGAUACAGCAAAUCCCAAUGCAGACCCGAGAGAGGACCCUGCAAAGAUAAUCGAAGCGCUGGACAAACACUUCAAGCCACUGAGAAACACGGUCUAUGAGCGAUACAAGUUUAACACUUGUGAGCAGGCACAAGGUGAGAAGAUAGAGACCUAUGUAGCUCGACUGAGGAAGCUAAUAUCCACCUGUGACUAUGGAGAGUUAAAAGACGAAAUGCUCAGGGACCGAAUAGUCCUUGGAAUUAGGGACAACAAGGUCAGGACGAGACUACUGAAGAAGAAGAACCUCACCCUUCAAGAUGCACUAGAUGAGUGCAAGACCAAUGAGACCACAAGUCGACAGAUAAAGGUCAUAGAGAACGGUGAGACUGUAAACUAUACCAGCAACGGUGAGACUGUAAACUAUACCAGCAAGGGUACAACCCAUAGAGGGCCUCCUAAUUUCGGGGAAGAAACAUUCCCAAGGAGCCCAAGAGGCCUGGGAGCGGGGGCGUCAAGGAAACCCAAGGCGGCAGGAAGUUGCUUUGCCUGUGGAAGGUCGGAUCAUUUUGCUAAAGAUGACAGAUGCCCAGCCCGGGGAAGGAAGUGUAGUAAUUGUGGAAUGCUGAACCACUUUAGAGCUGUGUGCCGGGGCAAGAGAGGUCAAGAAGUCAAGAAGUCUGGCUCCACGUGUAACAGUGUAGAAGGAGAAACAGACCCAGGGACCGAUCAUUAUGUGUUCAGUAUGGGUGGCCAGGCUCAGAAGAGAGCAGGCACCAUAGAUGUGAAGAUUGGAGGUGUAGGUGUAGCAGGCAUCCUUAUCGACUCCGGAGCUACAUGUAACAUAAUCAGCAAAGGAACCUGGGAGAGUUUGAAGGGGCAGAGAGUAGAGGUCAGAGAUCAGAGGAAAGGCGGCAGGAAUCUCUAUGCCUAUGGAAGCAACAAACCUCUACCCACAUUGGGGACAUUCAAGGCAGAAGUAGUCUGUCUAUCAAAUGCGGCUGCGACAGAGGCAGAAGUAGUGGUGAUGGAUGGACCUGGAAGAAAUCUGCUGAGUAAGGAAACAGCAGAGAAGCUGGGGGGUGCUGCGAGUUGGCCCAGUGCAGACGGGUCAAGUAAACAACCUCCAGGAAGGUCUGACGGCAGAGGAGCGUGA